AUGGCCCAGUACAUCAUUAAAGAAUUACAUGAAGGCAUAUACGGCUACCAUUCCGGCGCACGCACCAUGGCUACCAGAAUCUUUCGCGCCGGUUACUUCUGGCCGACUAUGGAAGCAGAUUGCCAAGACUUCGUCAAAAAGUGUAAACCAUCCCAAAAACAUGGCAACCUCAUUCACCAGAAACAAGAACAACUUCAUGCCAUACUAUCCCCGUGGCCCUUCGCUAAAUGGGGGAUGGACAUCCUCGGCCCCUUCUCCCCCGACAAAGGCCAAGCCGAGGCGGCAAACAAGGUUUUCCUGGUAGAGCUACGAAACCGGCUGGACAGCGCCAAAGGACGAUGGCCCGAAGAGCUCGAAGAAGUACUAUAG